AUGGAAAAAUUCUUAAUUUUAUUGGCAACUGCUAGAUUAGUAUAUCCUUUCAUAUAUUACGAUACUGGAUUAGCUAGGAACUUUGAUUAUACUUUUGAUACAGGCUUUGUUUGUAAUUUUGGUCACACCCGAUCAGCUACUAUACCUUUUUCGGAUACAUUUGAAAAAAUACCUUAAGUAUUUUUCACUCAUGAACAUUUUGAACAAGAAAUGCCUUAAGUGGGGUUUAAAUUAUCAAUUACAACCAUAACUUAAACAUGUAUAAAUUCGUUUUAUUUUAUUACUAGCUUUUAGUAAUAAUUAAGUUUAAAUUAAUAAUAGGGUUUGAAGUUGAAACUCCAAAUAGUCAUUCUUAGGUUUGGGUCGCCUAUUAAUUUACAAAAUCAUAUAAAGCAUUAGAAUGUUUUAGCAUAAGAACAAGUAGAAAAGAAGUUUUAGAUUUAAACAUAUUGCCUACAUUCUAUUUAGAAUUAGUUUAAUUAAAUAAAAUUUAUACUACAACUGGAAACUAUGAUUAUUUGGUUGACAAAUCAACUACACAACUUAAAAUGAUUUUGUAAGUUAAAUGUGAAAACAAUAAUAAGAAAAUUCAAGCAGAUUUUAAUAAAUGUAAUUCCUGUAGUACUAAAAAGACUCACUCUUUUACUUAUAAUUGUUUUAAAUAAAUGAAUUAUGUAGGUUUCUUCCCCAUAUUUAAGUAAGCAUUUUAAUAAUAUAAUAAAUUAAAAAUAAGUAUUCAGUCAUCAUCACUUGAAAUUACAUAAAUUCUUUAUGAUCAAUCUAUUACAGAAUAGUCUAUUGUGAAAAUUUAAAUAUUAAAUUAAUGA